AUGAUACAUAGACAUGGUUAUCAUCGAAUUAGCUCACAAGAGAGUGCAUUAUCACAAGUAUCUAAUUGGGAUCAAUAUCAACAACAACAGCAAAAGAGUUCAGUAAUAUCAAAUAAUUCAAAAAUUAAUAUUCAACCUUAUACUAAUGACAGUAGUAAUAAUAUUAAAAGACGUCAUUCAUCACGUCGUCAUAAAGAUUUUACAACACAAAGAGAAAUAAAUCAAAAUAAAAAUAACAAUUUUUUAUUUCCAAGAGGUUUUAUAACAUUAAAGAAAAAAUCAACAAAAAGUUUAUCACAGAAACAAAUAAAUUCAAAAUUUAAAAAUGUUAAUGAAUUAAAAGAAAUGAUGAAUUUAAUUAAUUUGAGAACUUUAGAGACAAACGAGGUAUUACCAUUACCAAGAAUUGCAUCAUAUAAUAUUAAUAGUAAAAAUUCAAUAAAUGCACAAGUAAGUUCAAUGACAACAGUAUCAAGAAAUAUUUAUAAGAGGCAACCAUCAAUUAAAAGAAUUUAUAUACCAAUGAAUGAAACACAAAUUAGAUUAUUAAAUUUAAAACGUUCAAAUACAAUGCCGACACAACAACGAAAUUUUAAAAAAAAAUUAAGAUCCAAAGAAGAAGAAGAUAAAAUUAAAUCACAAAGACAAUUACAUUCGUUAUGGGAACAAUAUUUACGUGCAGUAAUACAUCAAAGGAUCCAAUUAAGAUUAGAAUUAAUGAAAGUACAAUCGAUAUCAUCAUUGCAGACACGAGAUAAUAAUUCUGAAUUAAGAACCAUGAUUAGAUCUCGAAAAGGUGAUAAUAGAGAUAAUCCAAUUAUAAUACCAGAUGACCUUUCAAUUGAUUCAAGAAGGAAAAUAUAUUAA